AGAAAGCAUUUGUAAUUUGAGUUCUCUCAGAACUCUAGAUGUCAGUUUCUGUACAAAACUUGAGAAAUUUCCCGAGAACCUCAGGAGUUUGCAAUGUUUAAAGCGUUUGUAUGCUUCAGGAACUGCUAUAGAAGAACUACCAUCAUCAUUUGAGCAUCUACAUGGGCUUCAAUGUUUGAAGCUGGCACGUUGCGACAGCCUUGUGAGUCUUCCAGAAAGCAUUUGUAAUUUGAGUUCUCUCAGAACUCUAGAUGUCAGUUUCUGUACAAAACUUGAGAAAUUUCCCGAGAACCUCAGGAGUUUGCAAUGUUUAAAGUGUUUGUAUGCUCCAGGUCUAAAUCUAAGCAUGGACUGUUUUAGGAGCAUACUUGCAGGUAUCAUUCAACUUUCUAAACUGAGAAACCUUGACUUGAGUCACUGCCGGAGGGUUCCACAAGUUCCAGAGCUUCCGCGAAGUUUACGAUAUCUAGAUGUCCACAGUUGCACAUGCUUGGAAACUUUAUCAAGUCCAUCAAGUCAACUUGGUUUUUCUCCGUUCAAAUCAAUGAUUGAGGAAUUUGAAUGCGGCUCCUAUUGGAACGAGGCAAUCAGAGUUGUUAUUUCGGGAAAUAAUGGAAUUCCAGAGUGGAUAAGCCAGCAAAAAAAGGAUCUCAAAUAACAAUAGAGCUUCCUAUGGAUUGGUACAGAAAAGAGGACUUCUUAGGAUUUGCUUUAUACUCUCUUUUUAUUCCUAUGGCUUGUGAUGGGUUAAAUUGCGAACUCAAUAUCUGUGGUGAUCAAUCUGAAUGCUGUCACGUGGAUGAUGUCCGGUUUAAUUGCUGCCCAAUUUGCGGUGAAUCAAGUCAAAUGUGUGUGACUUAUUAUCCCAAGGUUGCUAUUGACAACCAGUAUUGGUCAAACGAAUGGAGACGUUUGAAGGCUUCAUUUCAUAGCUUGGAUGCACCAGUCGAAGUGAAAGAGUGUGGGUACUAUCUUAUAUAUACACGUUAUGUUAUCAACAGAAACAUCCCAGAAGAUACCAGUACUGAUGCUCAGAGAAGCUGUGACAACACAGAAGCCACCAAGCGCGACCAUCAGACAAUGAUAGAGUACAAUGAUGAGCAGAGAAGUUGUGAUACCAGAUCAGCAGCAGAAGAUACUAAUUCUAACGCACGAACAAGCUAUGACUGUAGACAGUGCACCGAGCAUUGCGAUUCUCCGAUGGAUACAACGACACAGAAUACUAACAGUAAUGUUGUUGAUGCCCAAGAUGAUGAAGAGGACCAUAUGCACAACUUGUUGGAGCUUUUUUGCAAAUUUGUUGGAUGGAUAUGCUGCAGAAGAUACUAAACAUUUAUCUCAAGCUUUUUGUGAGCUACGAUCCUUUCUCUUCUUCUUAGUUUCUAUUAUAUGGCUAAGUGAUUUAAAGGG